AUGGUGUUGCUGGGGCCGUCGGUGAGGUCAAUCAGAGAUCUCGUCGCGAUUUGUGAAGCCUAUGCGACGGAACACGGGCUCAAAUAUAACUCGGACAAGAGUGAACUGCUUGUUUUUAAGAGCGGGAAAGUGAAGCCAAUGAAUGUUCCGCCCAUUAAGCUGAACGGCAGCGCACUUCAGGUGGUGACCCAAUUUAAGUAUUUAGGUCAUGUAGUCACCGAAGACCUGAAAGAUGACAGUGAUCUUGAAAGGGAGCGUAGAGCGCUGGCAGUCAGGGGUAACAUGAUUGCUCGCAGAUUUGCUCGAUGCUCUAAACUGGUUAAAGUGGCACUUUUCAAGGCAUAUUGCCAAUCUUUUUACGCGAGCAGUCUGUGGGUGACAUACACUCGUAAGGCUGCCAGUGUUCUGCGCGUCCAAUAUAACAACAUUUUCAGGAUGCUGAUGCAGCUGCCCCGAUUCUGUAGCGCGUCAAGUAUGUUCGCGGAGGCGCACACAGAUGGGUUCCACGUAAUUAUCCGCAAGAAAGUGGCCUCCCUACUCAGUCGCGUUCGAAGCAGCAGCAACAGCAUCCUGGGCCUGUUUGCUUAUAGGUUUGACUGCCCCAUUUAUGAUAAAUGGAGGCAAAUAAUGCUCGGCCUUGUGUAA